AUGUUUGUCUAUGCGUGCAGAACAGGCAAGACAAACAAGAACUUCUCUCUCAACUAUAUCGCGGCGGUGCGGCACUUGGACUGGACGCUCUGCGCGGUCAGUGCUACUCUGGUGUGGCUGCAUUGGGGGUACGAUGUGGUUCUCGUCGUGUACGAGGACAUAGCCCCCCCUCUAGACUUCUCGGAACCCGGCAAGUGGUAUGACCAGUACAUCUUCUUUCCCCUACGCAGAGGUAACGAGAAGAAGAUACCGCCCACGACUCAUCACAACUGGGCGACCAAGAUCUUGGAGGACGUGGGAAUCACAUGCUCGCGUGUGGUCCACGCAACCAGGGUGGGAGGUGCGCAGCACGCGUCCGCGGAUGAAAUGCCCUCAGAUCAGCUGGCUAGAUUGGGGGGAUGGCGCUUCAUAGAUGUGAUGACUAAACACUACCUCACCACGAUCCCGAAGGAGGGUGUGCUGCUGAAGGCGGGAUUCACAGGGGUGGACGGUGACUACUACAUGGGUCGCGCAAAGGUCCCGCCCAGCCUGGAGCUGAUGAAGCUACUAAGGAACCACAUCUUCCCAUGGGCCACCCCUGGCAAGGGACAGAAGCAGCGUAUGGAUUACAACCGGAGGAUGGUCCGCAAGAAGACACCGGAGAAACAGGACACUGCGGGCCUCAACAUACUGUGA